AUGACACAUAAAGAAAAACUUAAAAGCGACUUUUCUGGAGAUUUCAAUGUAGUUCUAAAUAGUGCAGAGAAGUUAAGUUUAAGGCCUCCUAAUUCAGCAGAGAUUGAUGCUUUCAGGACUGUGUUAGAUUCCUGUUCUUUGGAGGAUUUGGGAUACAGAGGGUAUACCUACACAUGGUCUAAUAAGAGGCCUGGUGUAGCUAAUACCAAAUUAAGACUUGAUAGAGCUGUGGCAACUAUGGAGUGGCGGGAAAAAUUUCCGAUAUCUACAGUUUCUCAUCUUCCACCCCAUGCAUCAGAUCAUUUGCCAAUUUUGGUGCAUGUGAAGAGUGUUCAAAGGUUUCAGAAAAAAUUUAAAAAGAGGUUUAAAUUUGAAGAAAAUUGGUUACUGUGGGAGGAUUGUGGCGGAGUGGUUAAAGAUGCUUGGGAGAUGGUGGGAGGGGGGGUGUCGGGCCUAGCUUCAAUAAAGGAGAAGAUUAAGUUCUGUGGUGAGGAGUUGCAAGCUUGGGGAUCUUCAAAGUCAGAGCCGAAUGAUGUAGCAAUUAAAACUCUCCAAAACCGACUGGAGGUAUUAAAUAGUGCUGAAGUAGUGACUGAAGAAUCAAAGGCUGAAUAUUUGAGUGUUAGUAAUUGUGACCAGAUGGAGGAAUGUCUCAAUGCGGUCCCCAGGAAGGUGACACCGGAGAUGCAUGAUACCCUGUCCAGUGAGUUUAGUGCUGAUGAAGUUAAGAUAGCGUUGUUCCAAAUGGGACCAACAAAGGCACCUGGACCUGAUGGUAUGAAUGCUUUAUUUUACCAAAGAUUUUGGCAUGUUGUGGGUGAUACUGUGGUUGAUGCUGUGUUGGAUUUUCUGAAUAAUGGUCAUAUGUUGCCUGAUAUUAAUCAUACAUACAUUGUGCUGAUCCCUAAAGUGAAAAAUCCGGAGAAAAUGUCUGAUUUUAGGCCCAUCAGUCUGUGUAAUGUGAUUUACAAAAUAAUUUCUAAAGUUUUAGCAAAUAGACUGAAGCAGGUGUUACCUAGUAUCAUAUCUUCCACUCAGAGUGCUUUUGUCCCUGGGCGUCUUAUUACUGAUAACGUGUUGAUAGCAUAUGAAACACUACACACUAUGCACUGCAGGAAGAAAGGAAAAAAAGGGUAUAUGGCGUUGAAAUUGGAUGUGAGUAAAGCAUAUGAUAGGGUGGAGUGGCCUUUCCUUCAGGGGGUUUUGCAGCGGUUGGGUUUUCCUGAAACAUGGAUAGAAAGGGUUAUGAGCUGUGUGACAACGACGUCUUUCUCUGUUCUGGUAAAUGGGAGACCAUUUGGUAAUGUCUUGCCUUCUAGGGGAAUCCGUCAAGGUGAUCCUCUCUCACCAUAUUUAUUUCUGCUAUGUACUGAAGGGUUUACUUCGCUAUUGGACAGAGCAGAGAGUGGAGGGAGUCUACAUGGGGUAUCUAUCUGUAGAAGUGCACCAAAGAUAACUAAUCUUCUUUUUGCAGAUGAUUCAUUGAUUUUUGGUAGGGCCACACCAGCAGAGUUUAAUGCCAUUGUUGACAUCCUUCAAGUUUAUGCUAAAGCCUCUGGACAAUGCAUAAAUUUGGAAAAGUCUUCAGUGUAUUUCAGUAAUAACACCACCGUUAGCCAGAAGCAGGAGGCAUUGGGGAUUCUGGGAGUGAAGGAAGUGGUUCGGUUCGAAUCAUAUCUGGGUUUGCCUACCCUAGUUGGAAAGGCAAAAUACCAUACUUUUUCUUUAAUUAAAGAUAGGGUGUGGAAAAAAUUACAGGGGUGGAACGGGAUGAUGCUUUCUAGAGCUGGGAAAGAAGUUCUCAUUAAGGCAGUUGCUCAGUCUAUUCCAACGUAUACAAUGAGUGUUUUUCAGCUUCCAAGGAAAUUAUGUGAGGAGUUGGAUGGCUUAUGUGCUAGAUUUUGGUGGGGCCAGGAUGGUGGAAUGGGGUUUCGAGACCUAGCGUUUAAUUUAGCUAUGUUGGCCAAGCAGGGGUGGAGAUUAUUAACUGAUACAACUUCUCUAGUCUAUCAAUGCUUUAAAGCAAGGUACUUCCCUAGAACUUCAGUGCUUGAGGCUUUAGAAUCACCUAACUGUUCUUUUGUGUGGAGGAGUUUAGUGGCGGCCUUACCUAUUUUGAGAUUGGGACAUUGUUGGCGAGUGGGUGAUGGACUUUCUAUUAAUGUCUAUCGGGAUAGGUGGAUUCCUGAGUAUCCUACUAAUAAGCCCUUUUUGUCAGUAAGGGAUGAUGAAGAGGAAGAUUGGGUGUCAAGGUUGAUUAACCAAGACCUCCAUGUAUGGCGACGGGAUUUUAUUAUGGCUCAUUUCAAUCGGGAUGAGGGGGAAGCUAUUUGCAACAUACCUUUAAGUCGAAGGCAAGUAUCUGACUCUAUUUUUUGGAAGCAUAAUAAGGAUGGUAUUUUCACAGUGAAGUCUGCCUAUAAGGUUGCCAAAGCUCAAUUGUGGAAGUUGGAUCGGGCUGAAUCAUCAUCAAGCAAUGGUGGUAGUCCAGUGUGGGCUACUAUAUGGAAGCUUCGGAUUCCCAAUAAGAUUAAGGUGUUUGGGUGGAGGGCGUGUCAUGAUAUUCUCCCUACUAGAAGGAACCUCAAGAAGAAAUGGGUGUUAACGGAUGAUGUGUGUUCGUUAUGUGGUCUAUUCCAAGAAUCAACUAUCCAUGCUUUAUGGGAAUGCUCAGUAGCGCAGGAUGUAUGGUAUGGGAGUGUAAGGGCAUUGCAGAAGUGUGGUACGGGUCAGAUUGAUGUUGUUGCUUUAUUGGAGUAUUUGCUAGACCGGUUGGACAGAACAGAGGUGGAAUUGUGGCGUGCAUCUGAAAUGCUGGAGGAGUUUCAGCAAGCACAAGUGAGUCUACAGGCGGCUGUGGAAGUUGGAGCAACUCGGCAGGUGGUACAGAAUGAUGGAAUGCGCUGGAUACCCCCACCACAUAAUGUGUACAAGCUCAACUAUGAUGCUGCAGUGUUUAAGGACUCUGUUAGCUCUGGUUUCGUUAAAGGUCCGGCGGUACAGGGAAGUGAUUUGGCUAAACUACUUGCAUGUUGCAAGGCGCUAGAAUUCGCUAUUGAUGCUGGUUUCACGAGGCUUGUCAUGGAAGGGGACAGUGUUAAUGCUACAAGGUGGAUUGCUUCAGGUACGGAGAACCAGUCAGCCAUUGGCCAUGUUGUUGGAGACAUCCGACACCUGGCGGGAGCUUUGGAAUGGACAUCUGUGAGCUGCACUAAAAGAAAUGGUAAUCAGGUAGCACAUAAGCUUGCUAGGUAUGCCCAAAAGGUGAAUGUUGACUUAUUUUGGAUGGAAGAGGUGCCAUCAGUUGCGGUUGAGAUAUCACAUGUGGAGACUGCCAAGGAAACUUGGAUGAUUCUUGAGACUACCUAUGAGGGUACCAAGAAAGUUAAGGACACAAAGCUGUAG